ACCCUUCCGUAUGACGAUUCUCGACAUCAGACAUUUUCUUCUGUUAUUCCCGUUGCAAUUUUGAAAAUUAACCUCCAGAUAAUAACGGCAAUUAUACUUAUAGAUAAAUGCCGCAAUUUGAAUUUCGUAUGGACGAAAAUUUUAAAUAUUUAAUAACUAAGACCGGCCACAAAGAGACUUCUCUUACUCGACUGCAGUAUUAGAAUUACUCUCGACCCUUGCUAACAAUAACAGAAAUCUAAUCAAUACAAUGACAGCUAUUUUACCGCAAAGUUUUUUUAUACUGAGUUGUGUCGGUCUUUGGCGACCCGUUGAAUGGCAGGGGUGGAAGCGCAUACUCUACAAUGCGUACAGUUGUUUUAUCGUGUUUACUAAUUUCGUAUUUACUCUAACGGAGUUUUUAGAUCUCAUUUUAGCCAGCGAAACAGUAAAUGAAUUUACAAAUAAUCUAUCGAUGAUGCUCGCAAUGGUAGCUGGCUGUGGAAAAGUAAUCGGGGUUCUUUGCAACCACAGAAUCAUCGCUUAUGUGGUACAACUUUUGAACCAGAAACCUUUCAUUUUACUUAAUCUAUACGAAAGUAAUAUUAAAAAGAAAUAUAUUUCUAUUUAUAGCUUUGUAAUCCGUUUUUAUUUUAUGUUCUUUACUGCAGGAGUUACAGGAGUUAUGUUCAUUAAAAUAUCAAUUACCGAGUUUCCGAAUGUGCUGCCUUACAGGGGCUGGUUUCCUUAUAAUUAUUCGCGGCCAAAUAUUUUUAUAAUCACUGCAGCUCAUCAGUUAUUGACAAUAGUUAUCAACGCGUAUGUUCACGUCGCCUUUGACACACUAUUUCUUGGGAUGAUGAUGUAUGUUUCAAUUCAAGUCAACGUAUUGCAGUAUCGAUUCCAAUAUAUCGUAAAGACGAUAGUUAAGUUCAACGCCAGAAAUCAAAACGGUGAUGAGGGAAAUAGUCCUGAUAAAAAACUUAUCGCCGAGUGGGUUGAUCAUCAUAAUGAUGUUUUAAGUUUAUCAGAUUACGUGCAUAGAAUAUUUUCUGGAUCAAUUUUUUUCCAAUAUUGCCUGAGUUCGACUCAAAUCUGCGUCACUGCCUACGCUAUGUCAAGUAUUUCGGUGUUUUCUAUUGAAUUCAUAAGCGGUAUAGUUUUUUUACUCGGUACGACGCUGCAAAUAUUCGUUCUUUGUAUGGCUGCUCACCAAGUCACACUUAAAUUUGCAGACUUAAGCGACUCGACAUACAAUUCCGAUUGGUGCGAUUUAAGUACCAGAAAUAAAAAAUCUGUUAUUAUUAUUAUUUUAAAAAUAUUAAAACCGGUCGUAUUCACGACUGGUUAUUUCGUGACUCUAUCACUUGAAUCAUUCAAAAAUGUGAUUAAAUUGUCUUAUUCCAUUUAUAAUUUUCUACAGUAAUCGAGUUUUAUUGAGAAGAAAAUGCUGGUCAUAGUCAUAGUAUAUAAAUGAUAGUAAAUAUAUUGAGAAAUCAUUAGGAAAUAUAGAAAUACACUGAAUAUAAAUAU